AGAGCUCCAUAGCGCAAUGGCAUGCAGCCAACAACCUCCUGCACUCGACAGCGCAUGCAACGCAAUUGCAAUCGGGUACAUCGCAAAAGGCUCUCAACCGCAUAGGAAGCAACAGGACAAGCUACCACAGCAAGCUCAUCACUAUGACCUCCAACUUUACCGCCGUCAGCGAGAGAAUCGUCGUAUGCUACCAGCUUUCAGUUCAGGCAGCCACGCCACAUGGGACACGGCCUCUUAUCUAUAUCUUCUUCCUCACCUCAGACCUCCCUGCUUGCUUAAGAACAAAUACUUAGGAGCAUUAGAGACAGACAACAGCACACGCAGCUCCGGCAUGGCGUCGCCGGCGCCAGUGGAGGUCGGCGCGCAGGGCACCAUUGGGUCACUGGUGUGCCGGGAGAUCGAGUACUACAGGACCACGGAUGGCACCAGCGCCAAGAAGAAGAACGGCAGCAAGAAGGCAGCUGCCAAUGGAGGGAGCCCCCGGACCCCGAGCAAGGCGCGGAAGAAGGGCGGGGCGUUCUUGCCAAGCAUGUGCUCGUCGGCAGAGGUGGCGGUUGCGGCGGCCGCCGGCAGCCAGGCCCCCAGGUUCCGGUACCGGCAUCUGGGCGAGCCUCAGGAUUAGCUAAGCUAGCUGCACCCAUGUCAAAUAAUUAAAGGAUAUAGUAUUACAAAGCAUCGAUGCUGCAUUUUGUAUCAGAGAUCUGGAGUCCUAUAUGCAUGCUCAUAUUCUAUCCUUAAUACUCCCUAGUACAUGUAACGCGUCUGUUCACUGGAAUUUCGUCUCUACCGUGGUCGAGCGUUUUAGUGUUUCA